AUGGGUGGAUCGUUAAGUUCAAACAGAGAUUAUAAUCGUGUACUUGCAAGGCAAUUGCCAGCAUCAAUUAGUAUCCCAAGAUUCGAAAUAAAGAACGAUUUAGUACAACCGUCUCCUCCUGAUUCACUUACAAUUCCUGUUCCUAUGCGUUUUGCGCAAAAUGAAAUUCAAACUGAAAAUCCAACUACUGCUCAUGUAACCAGAUUGCCAUUUUUAAAUACACAUCCGGAAUAUAUUCAAACAAUGCAACAGUCGAACGUUUCAUCACCUAUGCAAUCGACAAUUGCAUCCUCUACUAUCAAUCAUCCGAUGAAAAAUAUACCUAGACAUGAACAAUCACAACAACAAAUAAUCGAACAAGACACUUCUCAUCUUGUUAAAACUAAUUCAUCUACAUAUGAUCAACCAACAAACGGCGAUGUUGCUGUUAUUCCGCGUUCUGUUACAAAUCGAAGUGAUCCACAUUGUUUCGAAAACCAUCUUCCGUCUUCAUUUCAGCCACAACAGUCUAUAAUUGAACAUAAGGGAAGGAAAUUUUUAGUUGAAACUAAAAAUCGUACAGAACGACGUUAUGUUGAAUGUGUGGACGAUAAGACACACCGAUUUAGAUACUUUGAAGUAGUUGAUUGUGUACCAAUUCGAACAGUUCGACCAUAUAGAAAUCAGUCUCGCUCAGUAUUGCGACAUGAUACUUUUCAUCCUAAUUUUCGAUCAAGUCAUCAUUCUGAUCUGUCACAAACUUCUCAUGAACAAUCAAAAGCAGCAUUACCUUCAAGUUUCGAUGUUAAACAAAAUUCACAGUCACCGCCAUUUGGAUUAAAUACUUCAAAAAUUUCUGAUUACGGUCUACCUUCGUCGUCUGCAAACAAUUAUCUUUAUCUAGAUUCCUAUGAAGAAACUGAAACAAAACGAAACGAAGAAAUUAAUCGUACAUUCAGAUCAAACGAAAUCCCUGAUGGUUACAAACGAAUAGACCCAUCCUUUUUUACUCAACAAAAUAGUACGAUACUUUUCAAUGAUGAAUAUAAGUUGGCAACAACAUUUAAUCCAUUCGCUCAAUCCAUCUAUUCAAAUCAUCAGGAUCAGUAUUCACAACAAUCUACAAUUAAAAACGAUGUUGAAUCCACUAUGAACAAUCAAAAACCUCAACCAUUUACAUAUUCUGAGUAUGCUCAAACAGCAAUUGCUACAAAACUAUCACAUCAGCCUCUACAUUCUUAUCCGAAAGAUUUAUUUACAAAGAUUUAA